AUGCAUCAAACAAACAGUUCGAAAGUUCAGACACAACGUAAUACACCAUGAAAUUUUUAAUUGUUCUCGUCGCCUGUGUGGCUCUGACUGUUGCCCAUGAGCUGCAGCUAACGGACGAGCAGAAGGCCAAGGCAAAGGCCAAUGGUGCUGCCUGUGCUGAGCAGGAGGGCAUCACCAAGGAGCAGGCUCAUGCCCUGCGCCAGGGCAACUUUGACAAUGCCGAUGCUAAGGUCAAGUGCUUUGCCAAUUGCUUCCUGGAGAAGACUGGUUUCAUGGCCGAUGGCCAGAUCAAGUCCGAUGUGGUCCUGGAGAAGCUCGGCCCGAUCGUUGGCGUUGACAAGGUCAAGGCUGCCCAGGAAAAGUGCGACUCACUGAAGGGCGCCGAUAAGUGCGACACCGCCUUCCAGGUCUACCAGUGCUACUAUAAGAAUCACGCUGAGAUCUAAGACCAGGCCCACAAACGGUAUUACCAAACUAAAAGCAUCUGUGAAUUGUCAGCAAUUAAUUGUCGACCUAUCAAAAAAAUAAUUGUUAUGUGUAAAUACAUGUAUUAAAGAACAAAUUUACAUAAAUAUUAAA